AUGUCUACCGAAAGUAGUAUGAUAGCUUCACCAUCCAAAAAGAGUUUCGAGAAGACGUUGUUAUCAUGUGAUUUAAGCGCCAGUGGAGGAAUGAGUAUCUUGUCGCAAAGCCAAAAUAAAACCAAGAAUGAGGCAGCCCCUCAUAUUUCAAAAAGCGUAUCCAUGGUGAAUCCCUUACCUUUUGAAAGUGGUUUUGUAACAGACAAACUGCUCGAUAUCGCAGAAAAACUUUGCACGGUGAUUCCUCAAGGGACAUGGGAGAGCCUUGGCAGUGAAAUAGAGAUUGGUAUAGAAAAUGCUACCACGGUAUGCCGGAGGCCCCUCAUCACUGUCCAGUUCGAGAUCCCACGCCGGAUGCUGCUGCAGCACCACUCUGCUCACCAUAGCUUUAUUACAAAGGAAGCGAGCGAAGACAGUCGCGAUUUGCGUGGGGCGCCGAAUCCGCUUUAUCAGGUUUUCCGUGGUGAGGUCGAUGAAGGUGUGCAGGCGGUAGCGCGGCGCUUUGACAGGGCUAUUCAGACACACUACGCGCCGCGGGUGAACGCUGCAGUACAGGCUGUGCCCACUUUGGUGAAUGCUUUCAUUCAUCACAUGGAGUUGCCAUCGAAGGAGGAUUCUAAAUUGAUGUCUUUUCUUAACUUCGUGUUGCCGCGUACGCUGCACUGCCUGACGCAAAAUGCUGAAGUUCCGAUUUAUACAGAUGAGUAUAUCCUGUUUCGUGAGGACGAGGCCAUGAUGGGCGGCUGUGACGAUUUAGUCUUAUUGGAAAAAGGAAACUAUGUGCACGCUGCCACCAAGAAUCGUCGGAUCACGAGCAUCUCUUGGCGCAGCUCCCGCACAAAGGACGAUUAUAUUUGUAUCGCCUCCAUCGCACCCCAUGGCUUGGAGGAGCGCAUCGCUGAACAGCGGCUGUGUGAAAGCAGCUAUGCACUUGUCUGGGAGCUAACUGAUCCAAUGCACCCGCGGUACAUCUUAGAGGCCCCAGCAGAGGUGCAAGUGUUGAACUUUAGUCCGGCCUUUCCCAAUCUCAUCGCGGGAGGUGGGAUGAAUGGUCAGGUGUAUUUGUGGGAUUUAAGCCUGGCAAAAAACGCCUCCGCGGAGCCACAGGCGCCGGAAGCGUCGCAAAGUAAAUAUCCAUCUCUGUUUCAAGAAGGCCUCAACCUUACCUUGAAUGAAAGCGAGGGAGGUAGCAACUCGUUAUAUGCGUCGGACGAUGCGGGUUUCAAGGGGGUUGGUGAAGUCCCGCCGUUGCCAAGCAGUGUAGAAGGGGUGGUCUGGAAAAAGUAUGGCGAUUUGUUAGUCCCGCAGCUGCAGCCCAUUCAGUCCUCUCGCAUCGAAAUGUCGCAUCGCCGGCCGGUGCACGACAUGCAGUGGCUGCCCUUGAAUGUUGAAUUCGCUUUUGAUGGAAAGCAGGUGGCCGUGGAGCAGAGCCACCAGUUCAUCACCAUCAGCGACGAUGGCUGCGUGUACGUCUGGGACACGCGCCCCGCGCACCUCCCCGCGGACAAGCUCCGCAAGAUCAAGCAUCAGGCCCAAUCGAAAGGCGUCCACGCCGCGAUUUGGGCGCCGCUGCUGCGGUAUCCGCUCACGCGCGCGGAUGGGCUUGGUGAGCUGAUGGGCUUACGCGUGUGCGUCGGGGGCUCCAUCGGCGGGACGUUCUGCGUGGGUACAACAGACGGCGAGCUCGCUGCGUGCCGGAUGGCGUCGCAGCGGGAGCAGGCGCACCCCUCGCUCGGCCUUGCCGGCCGCGGCCCAAAGGAGGCUCGCGUGGUGCAGCACGUGGUAGGGCAGGCCCAUGCGGGGCCGGUGGCCUGUGUGCAGCACCACCCCCUCAUCGCGGACGUCUGCUUGACGUGUGGUGAUUUCAGCUUUAAAGUCUGGCGCCUCGGCAUGGACGCUCCGCUGUACGCCUCCCCGAGGCUCAGCAGCCAAGUGACGUGUGCCGCGUGGUCCCCGGUCCGCGCCGGGAUAGUCUUUAUCGGGAUGGGGGACGGUAGAAUUGUGGUUUGGGAUCUACUUGAUCGUAAUAAUGAACCGUUGCUCGUACACCACCUUGUCCAGGACGCCAUCUCAGUGUUGACAUUCAAACCGCUUCCGGUCACACGUUCACGGAAGUCGACUCAGCAUAUCGUCAUCGGGACCACCCUCGGCUCGUUCCAUUGGUAUGUCCUGCCGAAAAUACUCUCCCACGCUCCAAAGGGCGAGGCUCACUACGUGCGCACCAUGUUAGAGCGUGAAGCGCGUCGUGUGGCGUACUACGGUUGGCGGUGGACGGAGCGGAGGAUUGAAAUGGAUCGAUAUGGUGCCAAUCUUCCCAAGAUGCUCCCGAUGGAGCUCUGGAACGCCACCAACGUUGUGCUCACCAUGACCCAAAACGGUGAUUUUGUAGUGAAAGAAAAACCAAAUCCGCAGACCCUAACUGAGGCUGGGCGAUACGAUAGUGAUGACAGCUUGUAUGGGGGGAAAUUUUACAACUCGAAUCCUGAACGAGACGAUGUGCUGCUAGACAUGGUUGCAGCGAUCCGCAUAAAGGAAGAAGAAAAUCUUAGGGAUGACUCCAUGAAUUUAGCCACAUACAACUGA